AUGAAUACAUCAAAGGCGCAAGAGGGCGCGCCCAAGCUCGAUGACGUGAAGAAGGAGUGCCGGCUCCUCGAGACAGCCCUCAAGAAUGAGGCCAACCCCACCGAGCAGUUGGAGCGGAUCGAGGCCAUAAUGCGCGCCAUUGUGAACAGCGAGUUCGGCCCGGUUGAGAAUGUGGAAUACUUUCUGCGCACCAUGCUACCCAAAUUCAUCCUUCUUCUGCUCAAGCGCGGGGAUCUGGCCGAGGGUGUGGCGCCGAGAGUCAACCGCUUCUUCCAGACCGUUGUCAUCGAGUUUACGCUCAAGUGUGUGGAGGCGGACACCUACGUCCAGGAGCUGCUGCAGACCCUCUGUCGCCUGUUCACCGUCACACAGAAGCCGUUCUACUCGCGAUACGGCUCCAAGGGUGGCGAAGAAACGAUGACAGACUCUGAUGAGGACAGCGACGACUCAGACGAAGAGGAGACAGAGUCCUUUGUCAACAGGAAGAGCUUGAACUGGGAGCCCACGUUCUUCACCGCCAACAUCACCUUCUUCGGCAAGAAGGACGGCUUCAACUUGUUCAUCUCCAAGCUGGCUGACGAGAAGCGCAAACUCGACGCCAACGCGAUCAAGUGGCUGCUCAAGCCCAUCGUCAAGCUGCUUGAGUACCUGCCCCUGCGACUGGUGCGCAAGAUUGUGGAGCAGCUGCGACACGUCGUGUUCUCUCGCUUGCUGGAGAUGAGCGACGAGGAUCUCAAGGGCGUCAACCGGAAGGUGUUGGGCGACAUCAGCGCCAGCAUGGAAUCCCUGCUGCGGGUUGUGGCGCCGAAGGAGACCACGCAGCUCGUGGACAAGUUCGAGCUGGCGAUCGCCUACAAGAUGUUCAUGUCGCCCUACCUGGAGAAGAGGCUGAUGGGCCUGAGCGACAUCAAGAGAUACGUCGACCUCGUCCUGAGGAAGGAGGACUACCAGCAGCGCAUGAGGCAGACGGACCGCGCUUCGCAGGGCAACCUCCCUGCCGCCAUCAACGUUUGGAUUGAUUCCAAGCAAAUGGUGGAGUGGUUGAACAACCAGAAGAUAAUGGAGCAAAUUUAUGUACAUUCCAUCCACCAGGAGCUGCUGAAGAGGGCCGUCGACAUCGCCAAAUUCUUCGCCAUUCAAAACCAAAUCCAGAAUCAUCACAUCGACCUCAUGUGGAGCGCAACCAUCGGUAAGCACGAGUCCAUCUGCCACAUCAUCUACAACAGCUUGGCCGAGCUGAGCACGGUCCUGCCGGCCGAAGCGGUGGAGUAUCUGUUCCAAAAGAUCAAGACCAUCCCCUACGCCAGCUACGACACGCACACGUUCUCCCUCAUCCAGGCCAUCUCCGUGCGAGGGAUCAAUCUGUGUUUCAACCUGCCCGAGGGCGAGAAGAAGUGGUACGGCGUCGACAUCUGGUGGGAGAUCAUCCAGGACGAGACCGACGUGCCGCCCGCCACGGCCACUGAGGCCUUCCGCUUCCUGGAGACCUUCCUCACCUGGGUCUACUGCCACGAGCUCCGGCCCAAGUACAUCGGCCUCUGCAUGCAGAACCUCAAGGAGGGCAAGUCCGUCCCGUUCUCGCUCAAGCUCCUCCAGAAGCUGCUCGAUUCGUACCCGGCGAAGAAGGAGAAGGGCAUGGAGGCGCAGGCGCAGAUGAUCGACCUGCUGGAGGUCAACAGCGGCCUGAUGGCCACCUUCUUCGAGGACCUGCACCGCUUCAAGAGCAAGGCCAAGGAGGCGGCCAAGGCGCUCGCCGAUGCCGGCCAGACCGGCGUGGACCUCAACCAGCAGGCGCUCGUCGGCAAGCAGGCCUACAUCUUCCAGAUCAAGGACCGCCUCGACUUCCUGGAGUACAUCCUGUCGCACUCGCCGCUGGUCCUGCAGGCGCCGCAGAUCGACGCCUUCUGGGCGUCGGUCAUCGUCGAUGCGCUCACCCUCGAGGAGCGCGACCACGGCUUCCUCUGGGUGCAGAACGUGAGGAACAGCCAGCAGUUCCAGGCCAUCACCGAGGAGUCAACGCAGUACAUCUUCGAGCAGAAGGUGCCGCUGAUGGACUUCAGCGCGCUCACCCAGAAGGGGUUCCACUUCUUCGAGUACUUCUUCCGCUACGUCAACUGGUUCCUCAAGCGGUUCGACCAGGGCGACAACGGCGUGUUCCGUGUGCUCAACUUUGACCUCGUCGGCAUCGACAACGCCUGGCGGGCCGCCGUUGAGCCCAAGGACGACAGCGUGGCGAUGCAGGCCAUCGAGUUCCUCAACAAGCUCCACAAAACGACCUCGGCCGAGCUGCUGCCCAAGCUGGGCGAGUUGCGCGAGAGGCACGUGGCGACGUGCAUGGGCUUCAUCGCCGAUGCGUUUGCCAAGGCCACCGCCAGCCCCCAGGACGCAGCCUCGCAGCAGCGCAUUGUGCGUUGUCUGAACGUGCUCAAGGCCUUCAUCGAGGAGAUUGAGGGCGUCGGCAGCAAGCACGGUGGCCUGAAGGGCAAGCUCAUCCGCAUUCCCAUCCAAAUCAUCUCCGGGCCCAAGUUCGAGUUGGAGAUCUACAGCUCGGACACGGUGGCGACGCUGCGCCAGAAGGUGGCCGAGCACAUCAAGAAGGACCCCUCGCUCCUGCGUAUCAUCACCGCGGGCAAGGAGCUUCACAACGACAAUGACACCCUUCAGCAGGCCCGCAUCAACGACGGCCACGCCGUCCACAUCAUCCACAGAGUCGUCAAGCCUGGCACCCCUGCUGCCGCGAUUCAGAAGCCGAAGCAGGAGGAGGCCGACAAGCGCGCCCUGCCGAGCUCCAUCCUCUCCAAGCAGCAGUACUUCGAGCAGAUCUUCCAGCUGCUCGCGCUCGGCGGAAACAGCGCUCAGCUGGCGUGGGACCUCCUGAUGAUGCUGCCCACCAACCAGAAGAUGCUGACCGCGCUGGCGGACAUCCGCACGGGUGACGCCCAGCUGAACUGGGAGGAGCUGCUCAACCGGUCCUCGACCUUCAACCUCCUCUACACGCUGCAGAUCGUCCAGGCCCUCAUGCAGCCCACCGAGGACUCGGCCGAGAAGAACGCCGAGCGGGCCGAGUGGUGCAACCAGUUCCUGGCCCGCGGCGGCGUCAACUACCUCGUCAACACGCUGCUCACCUGCGACUUCUUCGACGUCACUCGCGGCAGCAAGCGCAAGGUCUGCCUCUCGCUGCUCUUGAAGAUCAUCAACUCCUUCACCAUCGAGACCCACACGGUCAACGAUGGCAUGGAGACGGUCAGCAGGCUCCGUGGCGUCGUGCUGCUCAACUGCACCGACGGCAAGCAGCUGGUCGCCCGGCUCAUGGAGCUCAGCAUGCGCGCCGCCACCGACGUCGAGAAGCGGGACGAGGCCCUCAUCAACCCGCUGGCGCCGCCUCCGGAAAUUGAUGAGGUGGAGAUCGUGGGCCAGAUCAUGUCGACGCUGCUGGCGUGCUGCCUGUCGUCGGUCGACCUGCUGCAGGCCUUCCUGGAGAACCCCGCCAUGGACGCCUGGCUCGCCGCCAUCUUGCUCGGCAGCCCGGAACCCAAGAUCAGGGAGAAGACCAUCUCCACCCUCUACAAACUGUCCACGAUCGUGAACGAGGAGUUCUUGGCGGGCAGCGGUGUGCAGCUGGCGCCUCAGCCGUACUUCCUGGCGAAGCUGCUGGCCAUGCUGCGCACCAUCGAGCACACCCAGCCGCACUCGGCGCAGUACUUCGACCUGCUCAACCGUCUCCUGCAGAUGUCGGCUCGCGUCAACCCGUCUCAGUUUGCCGAGCUGCUGGACCACCUCAUCACCAUGCUCAAGGACCACCCCACCGCCGAGCUUCGCAACAGCGAGGCGGUGGACCACGUGCUCUACGGCGUCAUGAGCCUCCUCAAGACUCUGGUCAGCGCCGACCUCGAGUUCAAGAACAAGGCCGGCUCCCAGCACAGGGGCGGCCUGGUGCACGAGCUGUUCCACAAGUGUCUGUUCAACAUCCCGACGAUGGAGCGACACGGCCCCGACGCGCCGCCGCAGUGCAAGACGUCCAGCACGCGCAACUGCGCCUUCCGCCUGCUCACCGAGCUGGCCGACUCGACGCAGGAGAACUACGCCGCGCUGGCCGACCUGCUGGUGCAGCAGCACCGCGACGGCGAAAAGCGCAGCCUGUGGAAGUACCAGCCGUCGGCCUACGAGAAGGCCGCGUGCGGCUACGUGGGCCUCAAGAACCUGGGCGCCACCUGCUACAUGAACUCGCUCAUGCAGCAGUUCUUCAUGAUCCCGGGCUUCCGCUGGGGCAUGCUCGAGGUGCAGGACUCCGAGGAGAAGAAGGAGGAGAGCCUCCUUUGGCAGCUCCAGACCAUCUUCGGCUACCUCCAGGAGAGCGAGAAGAAGUACUACGACACCCGACCAUUCUGCAGCUCCUACAAGGACUGGGAGGGCCAGCCCAUGAAUGUGGGCCAGCAGCAGGACGCGGACGAGUUCAUGAACAUGCUCCUGGACCGGCUUGAGAGCAUUCUGAAGAAGACGCAAGAGGAGAAACUGCUCAGCCAGUUCUUCGGCGGUGCGCUGUCGAACCAGAUCAUCUCGAAGGACUGCACCCACGUCUCGGAGCGAGAGGAGAACUUCUUCACGCUCAGCCUGGACAUCAAGAACAAGAAGAGCAUCCUCGAGAGUCUGGCGCUCUACGUCGAGGGCGACAUGCUCGAGGGCGACAACAAGUUCCACUGCUCCGAGUGUAACGCCAAGGUCGACGCGCUCAAGCGCUGCUGCGUCAAAAACCUGCCGGACAACCUCAUCGUGCACCUCAAGCGCUUCGAGUUCGACCUGGAGACCAUGAAGCGGAUCAAGCUCAACGACUCGUGCCAGUUCCCCAUGAUCCUCGACAUGGAGCCCUACACGAAGGAGGGCCUCGCCAAGAAGGAAGGCACCUCGCUGGAGGACCUCCCGCAGAGGGACGAGUCGUACUACAAGUACGAGCUGGCCGGCAUUCUCGUGCACACGGGCACGGCGGACUACGGCCACUACUACUCGUUCAUCCGCGAGCGCCUGCCCAAGGUGGCGGGCGAGGCCUGCAAGUGGUACCAGUUCAACGACACGCUGGUGGAGCCGUUCGACCCGGAGGAGAUUCCCAAGACCUGCUUCGGCGGCGCCGACACCGUCACCGAGUGGGACGAAGUCGCCGGCAAGCACGUCCCCAAGUGGCGCGCCAAGACCUACAACGCCUACAUGCUCUUCUACCAGCGGGUCAAGCCCAUCCACCCGGUGCGCGUGCUGGAGGAGAGGCAGGCGGCCCAGCUGGUCCCCGAGCCGAUCUACAACGGCAUCUGGGAGGAGAACAUGGCCUUCUUCCAGGACAAGAACAUCUUCGACCCGGACUACUUCGACUUCCUCUGGUCCGUCGUCAAGCUCGACCAGUCCGCUCCCGUCACUGACGCCACGCUCGCUCCCGACAUGGCGCACCCGACGAUGCGCGCCAUCGAGCUGGGCACCCGCUUCAUCGUGGAGACACUGUCCCACGCCAAGGACAAGGGCAACCUGCCCAGCUACGUCGCCCACCUCAAGACCCUCUUCUCCCGCCACGUUCCCGCUAGCCGAUGGCUGUUGGAGAGGCUCGAGUCCGACAUGACGUGGGUCGAGCAGCUGCUGCUCAUCUGCCCCGGCCCCGAGGCCCGCGAGCCGUUCGCGUCGCUGCUGGUCCACGCGCUCACUCUCCUGGCGCCCGCCGAGCGCAUCAAGUACAACGAGGAGGAGCCCGUCGAGACUACCCCUAUGAAGGUCGAGGAGGACUCCGAUGACGACGGGGACGACUCCAACGACGACGAGGAGCGGCUGCGUCCCACCUCCAUCGUGGUCCGAUUCCUCCAGAGCUACCUCUACCUGCUGGAAGACGGCAUGCAGAAGUACUGGAAGAACUUCGACCACUACUUCAUGGUGCUCCGCGACUUUGCGCUCAUCGGCGACGAGGAGCGGCAGCUGCUGCUCGCGAAGCACGUGCCGGGCCUCCUCAUCGACUUCUACCUGGGCGAGGAGUCGCCCCUGCGGUACCUCCACGGCAAGCCGAGCAAGAAGAAGAGGGCGAAGAUGGGCGAGAAGAAGAACCCGCCGCGGCUGGACUACAUGGUGGGCAUGCUCUCGGCCCUGGUCCGAAGCUGCUCCACCGACGCUCAGGCCGAUCUCGGCCGUCCGCCCACGCACCUGCCCAACAGCACCCUCCUCCACAUGCCCGAACAGGACAAGGAGCUCAUCUACUCCAACAUCUUCUGGAAGAAAAUCCUGUCCGAUGGCAUCAACCCGCAGGGCAUGGCGGAGAUCGCUGUCCACCUGUGCUGGGAGAACGAGGACAUGUCGCGCAAGGUGAUCAAGGAGAUCUGCUCCGGCAUCGACCUGGUCGACUCAGACCGCUUCAAGCCCUACUUCGAGGUCCUGUCCCAGGUGCUCGCGCUCCAGGACUCCCUCCACCCCAAGAGGAUCGAGAACGCGAUGAGCGAGUUCCUGCGGGUGAUCAUGUCGAACCUCAAGUUCAAGAUGGCCACGCGCGAGGCCAUCCGCUACCUGGUGGACGUGGCGCCCACGAACCCCUCGCUCCGCACGUGGCUCUACGAGCACAAGCAUAGCUGGGUCGAGACGUGGCUCAUCGUCAACCCGCACGAGAUUGUGCGCGACGCCGCCCAGCAGCUCAUCCAGGUCCUCGUGCCGGGCGCCACCCACAUCGUGGACCAGAAGGGCGUCCGCAUCGGCGUCAAGAUGCCGGACAAGCUCGAGGAGGCCGACGUGCGCGUCCUGCACGACCUCUUCCGCCACCUCCUCUCCCUGCUGCCCGCCGCGCGCCGGAAUACCAAGGGCGACCAGUCGCUGACCACCAACAAGGCGCCCGAGGACUACCCGCUCGGCUACUGGAAACUCACGCAGUACUUUGACCUCCUCAAGUGGUGCCUCCGCGGCCCGUCCGAGAAGCUCAUCUUUGCGGAGUUCUUCGACGAUUUUGCCAAUGUGUACAUUCAACUGGACAAGGCGCGGACGGAGUGUGACGAGAACAAGCGGAAGCUGAUGAGCUUCUGGCUCAAGGUGGCCACGGACUGCGACAAGAACGUGCGCCUCAUCACCGACUGCCCGCAGAUGCACACGCCCAUGUUCGACUUCUUCGCGUCGCUCAACGCCAAGGAGAAGGUGGUGGCCUUCAACGAGGAGUCGCUCUCCGACUUCUACAACCUCAUGCACCUCUGCUGCCUGUCCGACCCCAACUUCCUCGAGAAGUGGGCCUUCCACCAGAACCUCGACUGGGCCGUCAAGAACGCGUACCUCCUCUCGCCGGCCUACCCGCGCACCUCGGACUCGAUCUUCCCCACGCUCAAGCUCAUCAGCGACUUCUCGGCCGACUACCGCCAGCGCAACCUCCCGCUCGUGCUCAAGGCCGCCAAGCUGCCCCAGAACAGCCGCAACAUCAUCCGCUACCUCGACGUCCUGGUCAAGAGCCAGGACGACGCCAUCUCCUUCAUCGAGAAGAAGGGCCUCGAGCAGAUCAGCAAGUACCUCCAGGCCAAGUUCAGCACCGGCGGCGCCGGCGGCAAGGACGGCGAGGAGGCCCCCAAGGAGGAGUUGGAGGCGACGCUGCGUCUGCUGCUCAAGGCGACCGACUUCAUGGUCAGCGAGCGCAGCGAGAAGUUCGAGCGAGCCAUCGAGAAGGUGAUGAAGGGCUGGGAGGGCAAGACGGUGGUCCUGAACGCGCUCCUGUCGAUCCUGGAGCAGUACGGCUGGUCCGAGGACAAGCUGGUGCUCGAGUGCUACAAGAUGAUCAAGCGCUUGUGCGGACUGGACAAGGAGAGGACUCUGCUGGAGCAGACGCUCGAGACGCUGUACCUGGAGAUCGAGAACAUCCUCGAGCCCGAGCCGCAGUCGGCCGGCGGCGACAGGCCGGUCGUGGGCCGGUCGUUCUCCAACUUCGUGCAGGGCAUCUGCAGCCUGGCCUUCCAGUGCUUCACCGCCGAGAACAGGCAGAGGGCCAACAACGCCUGCGGCACCGCGCUGAUGCUGGCGAUCGCGAGCACUCACCUGCCGCCCCGCGUGGGCGAGACGGAGACCAUCGUCGGUCUGCUCCAGCGCAUCUGGGACAGCAAGACGCCGAUGGCCAGCCUCCUCAAGACCAACGACAUGCUCCCCGAGUACCUGGCCAAGGUCCUGGGCAAGGACACCGAGCAGCUCGGCAGCGACGAGGUCUACUCUUUCGUCAAGGCCGCCUUCCCCGCCGCCGCGCACCGUAUCAACGGACGAUCACUGGUGGAGGGCUGCAGCCUCAAGAUCGUGGGGCUCCUGGACACCAUCACCUCUGGCCUGGCCCUUCCCGCCGAGGCCCCCGCUCGGAUCGCCAACCUCACCUCCGCCUCCAUCUCCCUCAUCCACGAACUGAAGGCGCUCAGCGUGCUGGCCUUUGCGGCGCCGGACCUGCACGGGCUGGUGCUGGGCGACGAGGAGAUCCGCGGCCUGCUGGAGCAGCUCAGGGCGCUCUACUUUGGCGCCGGCGAGGCGUCGUCGCACGCGGCGACCCUGGCCACGCUCAACCCGUCGACCGAGCAGAUCAAGGCCCUCCUCCGCCCGUUCCUCACCGAGGCCUUCCCUGGCUGGGAGGAGCAGCCGCGCGCCUAA